ACACGUGGUGGGAGCAGGGAGCGGAGGAAGAGGAGCGAAGACUCUUCCCUGGGGAUUUUAACUGCAGUUGGAGAAGAGCCCUUUCUUCUUCCGUCACGAUCGGACAACUCCUAGUUGUUUGCCUUGGAAGCAGGUAGAGCUGGAGAAGUGAGUCUGCGGAUGAAUGAAAGGAGGCCUCUGGAGUGCAGCACCUCCUACUGCUGCCAGAAGCAGCUCUGUCCCCCACCAUGAGAGCUGUCCCUCUGCACCUGACCCGGACAGUAAGCCUUGGCUGCCUGCUCCUGCUUUCCCUCCUCCCAGACCAAGGCCAAGCCAAGGAGUUGAAGUUUGUAACGUUGGUAUUUCGGCAUGGAGACCGAAGUCCCAUCGAUACCUUUCCUAACGACCCCAUUAAGGAAUCCUCAUGGCCACAAGGAUUUGGUCAACUCACCCAGCGGGGCAUGGAACAGCAUUAUGAACUUGGAAGUUAUAUAAGGAGAAGAUACGGAAGAUUCUUGAACGAUUCCUAUAAACAUGACCAGGUUUAUAUUCGGAGCACAGAUGUUGACCGGACUUUGAUGAGUGCUAUGACAAACCUUGCAGCCCUGUUUCCCCCAGAGGGGAUCAGCAUCUGGAAUCCCAGCCUGCCCUGGCAGCCCAUCCCAGUGCACACAGUGGCUCUCUCUGAAGAUCGGUUGCUCUACCUGCCUUUCAGGGACUGCCCUCGUUUUCAAGAACUCAAGAGCGAGACUUUACAAUCUGAGGAAUUCCAGAAGAGGCUUCGCCCAUAUAAAAGCUUCAUAGAAACCUUGCCAUCGCUGUCAGGAUUCCCUGGCCAGGAUCUCUUUGGAAUUUGGAGUAAGGUUUACGACCCUUUGUAUUGUGAGAGUGUUCACAACUUCACCUUGCCCUCCUGGGCCACCGAGGAUGCCAUGACUAAGUUGAGAGAGUUAUCAGAAUUAUCUCUGCUAUCACUGUAUGGGAUUCACAAGCAGAAAGAAAAAUCUAGACUCCAGGGAGGUGUCCUGGUCGGUGAAAUCCUCAAGAACAUGAAGACUGCAACUCAGUCACAGAAGUACAGAAAAUUUGUCAUGUAUUCUGCACACGACACUACUGUGAGUGGCCUGCAGAUGGCGCUAGAUGUUUAUAAUGGACUUCUACCUCCCUAUGCGUCUUGCCACAUCAUGGAAUUGUACCAAGAAAAGGGGGGGCACUUCGUGGAGAUGUACUAUCGGAAUGAGACCCAGCACGAGCUCUACCCACUCACACUGCCUGGCUGCACCCACAGCUGCCCUCUGGAGAAGUUUACAGAGCUAGUGGAUCCCGUGAUCCCCCAGGACUGGUCCACGGAGUGUAUGGGCACAAGCAAUCACCAAGUCCUGAGGGUCAUCCUUGCCAUUACCUUUUGCCUGGUGUCUGGUAUCCUAGUGAUACUGCUGCUCACCCUCAUCCGCCACGGGCCCUGCUGGCAGAGAGAAGUCUAUCGGAACAUCUGAACAGACGGCUGACCUCCAGGGACAUCUCUCAGUGAGGUGGCACCUUCAGGGUGGGCUUCUGCCAUGUGGGCAUUGAGAGUUGAUGUGAACUCACUGCCACAGGGGCGAGUGCAGAGCUGGCAGGCUAGGUAGGUCUUCUGGCCACCGAGCUGCUCAAGGGCUACCACAGGACUCCUCUGCAAGAGCUCUCCUGGUCUUCUCUGUUCUCUCACACAGAGGUCCUGAGAGAAACAAGAAGCCAAAUUCUAGUUCAUCUUGUGCCUGCGAAGAGGAAGGGAGAGAAAAUAGGACCAAGACACAGGUUAGAGCAGAGUAGGUAAUCCGGAAUGUUAGACUAGAAGUGGAGAGUCCACAGGAAAGUGACUUAGUUAUUUACUAAACUUAACUCUUUCUCUCUUUCUUUCUCUCUCUCUCUCUCUCUCUCUCUCUCUCUCUCUCUCUCUCUCUCUCUCUCUCUCUCUCUCUCUCUCUCUCUCUCUCUGUCUGAAAAGCAAUUUAAAUCCAGUGUUUGAUAACUGGCAGACUUGUACCUGUACAUCUAACACACACAUACAUAUAUCCCUAUUCAAAAUGUCUUAGGUACGGCAUUUGACUCUCAGAAACUGUAAUGUCUUUCACUUUAAGCAUAGCUCGGGUUAUUUUCUCCCAAUUCCCACACUGAGAAAUAACUGAAAAACCGAUGAGAUAAAGUCAUUUUCCCCGACUCUCAUGGCCUGAUUUUUGUACAGUUUGUAUUACCUUCACUUUAAAAUUAUGAUCUCUUAUACUCACAGGGCUGUUCAUGGCCAGUAUGAAAUGAUAAUUUUUUUACUUUUUUAAUUUUUGGUGUAGUGCUGGAAUGCAAACCCCUGGGCUUUGUGCACACUAGGAGAAUGCUUUACCAAUUAACUAUGCCUUAGAUGCUUCCCAACCAUGUAUUAACAUAGAAAGGAAAGUACAUGGGGCAGGGGACUGAGGAAGAUUGACAAUAUACUGGCGUUUGGCCUUAAAUUUUAAUUUCCUCAUCUAAAAUGGAAGAAUCUAGACAAGAUGAAUGUAGAAGUCGCACCUAGAUUACCUUCUGUAAACAAUUUCAGUCCACUUUUAUACGUAUAAGUCACGGCCCGAUCAGGCACCUCCAAGGCUGGUACCAUCCAUGAAGUCACUUAGGAAAAGACUAAAACUUACUUGAUAUCGUUAUAUUCUACUCCGGACACACAAGCAGUCAGCUGGUGAUAAAACUGAUCUCACUCCUCAGUCAGUUGCUCUACUUCCUUGGGGUUGCCUACAGAUCUCAGAGUAUACCAGAUUUGGGGUGGGUGGGUCAGAGAAGGGCCUCUGGCCCCACUGUCCAUGCUCACGCGUCUUUCUGAAGACAGGCAGAAACAUCCGGACUGUGGAUCCCAAGAGCAUCCUCAGAAUUCACUGUCUGGAUGUCUCUCUGGGAUGCUGGGGUCCUUGACACCCAGCAGGGAACUCUACUCUCCACUCAGAUCCCCACCCAUCCCUCGAGUCCCAUGGUGACCCUGUCAAACACAAAGCACUCACCUCUAUAGUCUGUACUUUAAUAUCAUUCUCAACGAGCCAAAGCCAUCAAAAACAAAACUUGAAGAGCGUUCUCUCUCUCUCCCUUCCUCCCUCUUUUCUCCCUCUCCCUCCCUGGUAUGUGUGUGUAUAUUUAUGUGAGUAUGUAUGUGGUUUUUAUACACAUAUUUUGCUUUCCCACGCAUGCUCACAGGAUGAAGCAUGUCCCUUCCUAUUCUUCUUCUUAUUACUUUAAGACAGGAUUUCCCACUGAACUUGGAACUAUUCUGGAAUCCAGUAAGCCCCAGUAAUCCUUCUGGUUUGUCCCCCACAGCACUGGGGUUAAAGGAAAACACGGUCCACACUCAGUUUUUUACAUAGGUGCUUAGGAUUUGAACUCAGUUUCCCACACUUGUACAGCAAGGGCUCUUACCCAUUGACCCAUCUGCCCAACCCCCAGUACCUACCAUCCCUCUGAUUACUGUACAGAAAGCUCUCAGGCUCAAUGUCACCAUCUCCUUUACCUUCUUCUGCUGGCAAAUGCUAUAGCCAUUUUUCACACAACAUAGAAGAGGUAAGAAUUACAAGUGACAAAGAUCUAUAGGAAUAAAGCAAAAUGCACAGAUGAACUUGUAGGGUCUCUCAGAAAAUAACCGGUAAUAAUGCAACUUCAACAACGGGGAAGGUGAACUCCCAAUACCGAUAACUGCCUGGCAGGUGGGACAGAUGUGACCAUUCAGUUGCCAUGGUAAUACUGCCGAAAUAUCAUCACUAGAGCUAAGAUCACCUCCGUUCUGGUGUGUGUUCCUUGUCAUUUGAGAGGCCUUUGUGUAGAAUUCACACAAAGCAAGCAUUAUCAUGUUGGUAAUAAUUACAUAACAAUACCAGUGAUGAGUACACAGGAAAGCCCCGAGAGAGGCACGGGUGGGCUAUCCUUAGCUUUAAUGGCAUAGCACUGACAGGGAAUUAAAUGAAUAUAAUUGUGAGAAAAUACUAGUGCUUAAGAAAUGUCAUACAUGAGGCUCCAACAUUUAGCUGGCAGUCACUUGACAGCCUUUUGUACUAAAACUGGCAUCUUGUCCCUGAAUUUACUUGUAUUUCCUAUUUUCUCAACUCCCUGCCCCUUUUCUAUCUUAUUCUAAUAAUUGUUACCUGACUCCUUUUGGUCAGAGAGGCUUCUGGGUAAAUGACUGUUUUAACUGUAAUAACUGUUUUCUCUUUUAAAGCUCUCGACAAAAACCUCUCGAGCAAUAUAAUUCACAUGUGAAAUGUUGGUGCCUCAGAUCAGGGCCCAGAGACACACACAGUUACACACACAGUCUUAAACAUCCCACAAUCAGGGCCCAGAGACACUUACAGUCACACAAACGGUCCUAAACAUCCCAUAACCAGGACCCAGAGACAAAUACAGUCAGACACAUGGUCUUAAAUGUCCCACAAUCAGGGCCCAGAGACAAAUACAGUCACACACAUGGUCUUAAACAUCCCACAGCCAUAUUUGCACAUUUGUAAAGGUAAACUUUUUUAAUUAAAUGAAUUGUAAUAUAAAAUUUAUUUUUUAAAAUGUAUAUAAAAUAUCAUUUCAACAGGUAAUUGAUAUUCAAAAGGUGUUCAUGGAAUAUUUUAAAGAUGUUUCUCAUAACAAGUAUGUAAAAUCUGAUACAUUUUAGUCUUUCACCACCUCCCAAGUUGGAGUAGCCGACUUUGAAGACUCAGUAGUGGCUAGUGGCCCCUACACUGACUAGGGCCAUAGACAACAGCCUUUUUAAAGCAGAGAAAACACAUUCUUUAUUUGUAAAAUACACUUUGGGGCCACAUGCCUUUAAUCCCAGCACUAGGGAAGCAGAUGCAGGUGGAUCUCUGUGAGCUCAAGGCCAGUCUGGUUACAAAGUGAGUUCCAGGACAGCCAGGGCUGUUACACAGAGAACCUCUAACUCAAAACAAACAAACAAACACUUUGGUUAUUGUGACAAAAUGGCUGUCAUCUUUAGGACUGGAACACAGCUCACUGAUGAAAAGCCUGCCUACCGAAGGCAAGCCCUGAGUUCCACCCCCAGAACCACAAUAAAGUAAAAAUAAAAGAAUUACAGGGGAUCAUUUUUCUCCUGUGUCUUCAUUUGUUUUUUACCUUUGGCCAAACUGAUGAAAGAUUGUCUGAAAUGCUUUAGUUCAAAACCUGUCUUAAAGGUAAUAGCGGAGCGCUCUUCUAACUUACCUCCUACUAAAUGUUCGAUGUCUGGAGAAGGAAGCCGGUAACAGAGGCAGAGGGAUGCCUUUUCAAGGUAAAAUGGAACAAAGAGCAAUGACUUCUCAGGGAAACCAUUCACAAGUCAUGACUUCCCACGCAAUUUGCUUUAUAGCUAAAUGAACAGAAAUAUAAAAUUAUGUCUACCAUGAUGAAUUCUGAGCCCGAACACAUCACACACACAAACACACACGCACACGCACAGGUGUUGUUUGAAACAGGGUUUCUCUGGAUAGCCCUGGCUAUCCUGGAACUCAGUGUGUAAAACGGAGAAAAUGAGCUGGGCACCAGCAUGCAUUCAUUGGCCCCUCCCUGCUUUCUGACUGUCACGUGACCGGCUGCUUCAAGCUCUUGCCACCUUGACGACCCUGUCAUGGUGCGCUUUACCCUUGUGCUGUGAGCCUUAGCUAACCCUUUGUCGCUUACAUUACUUUUCUCAGAGGACUACAUCACAGCAACGGGAAGAGAAGUUAAGAGAAGGAAUCAGUGCUGAUUCCUUAUAAUUCUUGCAUUUGUGCAGGGCUGGAUUCGAUACCAUGAUGAUGAGUUAUUAUAAAAAAAAGUCUGUCUCUCUCGCUGUCUUUCUGUCUCUGCUGCCCCCCCCCCCAUGCUCUUCCAUAGCUACCUGCUACCCCACCAGAGGCCCUCCCUAAAGCAGAUCCUGGCACCAUGCUCUUGAAGUUUCAGAACUGUGAACUAAAUAAACUCUUUGUAAACUG